AAAUGAUAUUGUUACUCUAUUUGAUGUAUAUGUUGAAAUUAAACUGUUGGAUGACAAAUCAACCUUGAUGCUCAAAAAGUUUCCCGAAGAUUAUGUUGAUGAAACUAUAUUAAAGAGUGUCAAAGAGUUUGCAUUUCCAAUACGUAAUGUAUUAUAUGAUGUUGAAGCUGUACAAUUGUUUUGUUUCGUUUUGACUGACUCAAAAUCGGAAUAUACAUUCGGGUAUUGCCGCUUCUCUCCACGUAAUAAGACAUGUUUGUGUAUAUUAAGCGGUUUGAAACUGCCAGAGUUCUUUUACAAACUUCUAAAUGCUUUAUCUGUUUUAAAUGUCAGUGUUGAAGAAGAUGAACAAUACAAACUUCUAAACUUAGUGUAUCAUACAGAUAUUCCUAGCCCUGGCCAAUCAAUAGACUUCAAAUAUGGAUCAGGUGGAAAUAGUGUUAACUGUUAUUUUCCCGAAAACACUAUGGCUCUCAACCUCAAAGAAGAUAAAUUUAUGUUAGAAUUUGUAAAUGCAUUAACUACUAAACAGAUGAUUGCGUUGUAUGCAAGUGUUUUGAAAGAGAGACGAAUAGUUUUCUCUGGUAAAAAAUUAGGAAUGAUCAGCAGUUGCGUUUGUGCAACAUCAAGUCUUCUUCAUCCUAUGAAUUGGCAAGGUAUUUUUAUUCCUGUACUACCGGAGCACUUAGCUGAUAUGCUAAUGGCCCCAAUGCCUUUCCUCAUUGGCGUUCCCAAACAAGUACUGCAGAACAUGAAAAUGGAGGAGUUGGGAGAGAUCGUAGUUAUAGACUUGGAUGAGAGAAGCUUCCAAAGUCCAUUCGAUGACACUGCCUUACUUCCAAAUGACCUGGUGAUUCAAUUGAAAAACUCACUCUCUAAAACGAAUAAUAUGGGAAAUUCUCAUAUCAAAGCGUUUUUACGCGUCAAUGAAAUUCUUUUCAGCGGAUACAAAACGGGUUUCACCAAAGAUGAACAUGAAAACAAAAUAUCCUGGGAUCGUCAGAAAUGGUUGAACAAUCAAAAAAUUUCACACCGUCAAUUCUUGACUUCAAUAACUGGAGCUGAUGGAGUUCAAUACUUCGAAAGAUUCAUUUGUGUUAGGCUCGAAGAAUUGAACGCAGGGAGAUCAUUGUAUGAUGGUUUUCAAGGUUUAUAUGAAAAACCAGAUAGCGACAUUCUAUCAAGAUGGCAGACCCCAGCAUAUAAACAUCGCUCGGCUUCUCUGGUUCAUAAAACAGCGGAAUGUUGGAGAUGCCAAGCAGCGGGACAAGAAGCAAGGUUGACUUGA